UUACUGCCGCAACCAGGAUCAUUCCAUGCUGAUGUUGUGAAGAUAUAUUCCAAUGAACAAUUUCGGUUGUUAGGAAGAUCUCGCUGUAGGGCUCAAAGUCUGUCAUACAGGAUAUCUUUCUCGGUCAAGGAACGUGGGUAAUGCAGAGACAGGAGCUUUGGGACAUCUAGAGGAGAGCUUGAGAGGGUGAGGCUGAUGAAAUAUCUGGGAGCAGACACUGAUCAAGAAAUUUUACUUGCUGCUGUAACUUCUCCAAGGCCUGGGCAGAGCAGUUGCUGUUCCAAGACGUGAUGUAUCCAGAUAGAAUGCUCUCCAUGGUGCAUCUGGAAAGGUCUUUGCCAAUGAAGUGGUUCCUCCUCUUGUCACUGCUCCUGCCUUCAGUCUGUGAUGCCCCGACCAGUGUCCGAAUCACAUUCCCGUCUUCAGUUCGAGCUGGAACGUGGACAUCCCUCGGUUGUCAGUCUGAUGGCUAUCCAGCAGCAUCUCACUAUCGUUGGCGGAAGGUGUGUCCACACAGUUCGAUGCCUCUCUGUUCUGGGAGUCAAUGGUGGUCUCAAUGUUCAUACUACGCUUCAUUUGAAGAUGUUUUCUGUGAGUUCAUCUGUACAGCGAGGAACUCCGUCGGUGAAAAGGAUUCUGAUCCCAUCCGACUGGAUAUUCAGUACGGACCGAGAAACGUGGAGAUUAUUUCUGAGGAUACAGUGAAGGAGGGGACCGAGAUCACGUUAACGUGUCGAGGUGAAGCCAACCCCCCGGUUCAUACCUACAGCUGGAGGAAAAUUUGCAACAGACAACGGAAAGAUCUGGGAGAAAAUACCGACACGAUUAGGAUUCAACCCACCAGGAAUGAUGCAUCUUGUAGCUACAUCUGUACAGCAGGGAAUUCUGUCAGCUCCCGGGAUUCCACACCCAAACACAUUAAUGUACAGUAUAAACCGAGAGAUUUUCAGAUUGCACACAGUGUGAAUGGUGACGAUAAGAGAGAUUUAACGUCUGUGAAUGAGCGGGACACUGUGAAUAUUAGCUGUACCAGUCAGAACAGCGACCCUGCAGUCUCAGGGUACAGCUGGUACAGACUCACUCAGAACAAGCCAGUCAGUGGGCAGAUACUGCUGUUUGAAAGCAUCAGCAAGGACGACAGUGGGAAUUAUCAAUGUGAGGCUAGAAACAACGUUGGGACAGGGAGAUCACACAUCAUCACCAUCAGAGUGCAGUAUGCCCCGACCAGUGUCCGAAUCACAUUCCCGUCUUCAGUUCGAGCUGGAACAUGGACAUCCCUCACCUGUCAGUCUAAUGGCUAUCCAGCAGCAUCUUCCUAUCGCUGGCGGAAGGUGUGUCCACACAGUUCGAUGCCUCUCUGUUCUGGGAGUCAAUGGAGGUCUCAAUGUUCAUACUACCCUUCAGUUGAAGAUGUUGGCUGUGAGUUCAUCUGUACAGCGAGGAACUCCGUGGGUGAAAAGGAUUCUGAUCCCAUCCGACUGGAUAUUCAGUACGGACCGAGAAACGUGGAGAUUAUUUCUGAGGAUACAGUGAAGGAGGGGACCGAGAUCACGUUAACGUGUCGAGGUGAAGCCAACCCCCCGGUUCAUACCUACAGCUGGAGGAAAAUGUGCAACAGACAACGGAAAGAUCUGGGAGAAAAUACCGACACGAUUAGGAUUCAACCCACCAGGAAUGAUGCAUCUUGUAGCUACAUCUGUACAGCAGGGAAUUCUGUCAGCUCCCAGGAUUCUACACCCAAACACAUUAAUGUACAGUACGGACCGAGAAACGUGGAGAUUAUUUCUGAGGAUACAGUGAAGGAGGGGACCGAGAUCACGUUAACGUGUCGAGGUGAAGCCAACCCCCAGGUUCAUACCUACAGCUGGAGGAAAAUGUGCAACAGACAACGGAAAGAUCUGGGAGAAAAUACCGACACGAUUAGGAUUCAACCCACCAGGAAUGAUGCAUCUUGUAGCUACAUCUGUACAGCAGGGAAUUCUGUCAGCUCCCGGGAUUCUACACCCAAACACAUUAAUGUACAGUAUGCCCCUCGGAAUGUGAUGGUGUCGAUCUCCCCAUCGGGCAGUGCGAUACACGAAGGUGACAACAUCACCCUGAGCUGCACCAGCGACAGUAACCCCCCAACCAGCUGGUACAAGUGGGUACGGAGACAGGGAGAGGAGACUGAGCCCCUGGAAUCAACUGAGAGAGACCUGACCUUGUACAGAAUCACUCCCAAACAGGAGGGUGUGUACUCCUGUGAGGCGGGGAACUCGGUUGGUGCCAACAGGUCGGAGGGUCGCAGGAUAGAGGUUGUGAGAAGCUCAUUCAGACUCUUAAUUGGAAUUAGCAUGGGACUACUGGGCUCCGUUAUCACAGUGGUUUUGGUGAUCGUGUGUUACAGAAGGAAGUGGAAGAAGACCGAUUCUACCAGCCCACGAUGCACUGAGGCAACAAACACUGUCUACAGCGUGGCCAUGAAACGGAAUCAGGUGAAGGAGAGGCCGGUGUAUGAGAACGUGAUGAUGACCGAGAGCACGGACUCUCAGGGGCACUCCCCCCCUGACGACUGUGUCGAGUAUGCGACCAUUAACUUUGGGGCCAGCUCCCAGACCCCGGAGGGACAGAAACAACCAGGGGCCACUCGGGGGAAAGGGAAGAAGCCUCUGAAAGCGAGACCUGAUAACGAUCCGACUGUCAUCUACAGCUUGAUAAACAAAGCACCAUCUCCAUCCCAGGUACAACAGCCCUCAUCCCCAAGAGGCUGGAGGGAGCGGGUUAGCGGAGGCUGGGUGAGGACACUCACUGGCUGGGUUCGAUCCCAGGGACAGAGAGACACAGAGUGCAGACACGGCAUUACAUCCAAGAGCCCCCAGACCGUCCCAUUGGAGUGAUGGCUCCAGAGGGGUCAGAGGGUCAGUACUGAGGGAGUGCCACUCUCUCCCAUGUUCCCAGCAGACACCCUCCCAUAACAUGAGAAUGAUUCAGUGACAACAGAAGGAACUUUGGAACCUAUAACCAUCAGAACAGAAACAGUUACCAUGUUGUGGGAGGGUGUGUGCUGAGAACAGGGGAGAGUGCAGAACUCCCUCAUCACUGACCCUCCAACAGUGUCUGCUCCCUCAAAUAUUUCCCUUCAAAUAGUGCCCGCUCCCUCAGCACUGACCCGCCAAUGGUGCAGCGCUCCCUCAGCACUGAACCUCUGACAGUGCCUGUUCCCUCAGCACUGACCCUCCGACAGUGCGGCAUUCCCUCAGCACUGACCCACUAACAGUACAGCGCUCCCUCAGCACUGACCCUCCGAUAGUGCGGCACACCCUCAGCACUGACCCUCCAACAGUGCCCACUCACUCAGCACUGACCCUCCGACAGUGCAGUGCUCCCUCAGCACUGACCCUCCGACAGUGGAGCGCUCCCUCAGCACUGACCCACUAACAGUACGGCGCUCCCUCAACACUGACCUCUUGACAGUGCCCACUCACUCAGCACUGACCCUCCGACAAUGUGGCGCUCCCUCAGCAUUGACCCUGUGAUAAAGCCCACUCCCCUCAACACUGACCCUCCGACAGUGCCCGUUCCUUCAGCGCUGACCCACUGACAGUGCCGGCUCCCUCAGUACUAAUCCUCUGACAGUGCCGGCUCCCUCAGCACUGACCCUCUGACAGUGCCGGCUCCCUCAGCACUGACCCUCCGACAUCUUGCAAUGGUGCUUGCUUGCCCAUGGGAUAACAACGAUGCACACAGAACCUUUCGAAGUGAAUAAGGUGUCGCAUUGCAGCUAACCCUGGCUUAUUGCUGUCCCAGUAGCUCCCUCACUAUUACCACCUGCUGUAAGCUGUAAGGGACCCCAUGGAUUUCUCCCUUGGGUUAAAUAACUGAGACAGAAUUUGCACUGCUAUAUCAAAAACACCAUGAGAGUUUUGCAACUCAAAAUGUUACAUGCUGCAUCUUUCUUGAGCUCUGUGAUGCAAAGUCACAGUUUGAACCACUGAGGGGAACUCUGUACUCAAGUGUCAACAAGAAUUCUUCAAGUUAAGGACAAUCAGCCCGAGAACAACCACUAAUUUGUUGAACUAUCGAGUGUCAAGGAGAGUUCAGGAGAGAGAAGCUACCAGACUGCAGACAGAAAGCAAUCACCGCUCCCUCUCUCUCCCUCUGGAGUGAAAACUCCUGAAAGCUGUCACUUCCAAAUAGAACUGUUGGGCUACAACCUGGUGUUGUGAGAUUUAUAACUAAAAAAAAUGAAAGGAAAGCAUUCCAAAACAAGAAAAGACCUAGGUCCAACUGAUCAACCACUGAAUUGAAGACUGACCAUCACCUAUAGACAGCAAUGUCAUCCUUCAUGAAAUCCGCAAGACUGUAAGAAAGGAACUUUCCAAUUUAUGGUCCGUAUUGUUUACAUUCAGAAUUUUGUUUCUCCUGUCAAUAUUAUUUUUCCAUCCAUAGUAUGUGUGUUAAACCAACUGUCUUUGUCAGAACCACGAAUGAAUCGAUGUGGACCUGGAGUUUUUAAAGGGUUAUAGUUUAACUUCCAUAGAAGUAAAUUACAAAUUCUUUCUUUUCUCAUCUUAAAGUCACUGGUGUUACGAUGUAGAGUUACCUUCUGUCCAUGAUGGAACUUGGUAUGAAUUCUGAUUUUCUCAACUCACAGACAACCAGCCGAAUUGAUCAUUUUGUUGGUCUGAGGGAUUCUGGGUGUUUUGAGACAGCUUCUGGGACCGUGGGCACAAUAAUUGAUGGUCCACAUUUCCCCGUGGAGUUGUGACCACACUGAAUAGGGAGCAGUUCCAGACUGGAAUCUGAAUGGUGUAGUCCUCGAAUUCGGAGCUUCACUGUCACUGUGCCACAAGUCCCCACCCUACAAGGGAGUGGCCACUGACCUCUUUGUUCAUCAAUACACCAUUUCCGCCCCCCCACAUCUGCUCACUCUGAUCAACAUGGGACAAUAGCAGGCAAUGCUGCACCACUGUUUAAUAGCAUUCUAAAAAUCCCCCCCUCCCCCCCAAUGCUCAAGCCAGCUCUCGGGACCAUACAUCAUCCACCAUUUGAUACCAGGACAUUGGUGAUUCUAUUGAGAAAGAACACGUUUGGCCAGAAUCCUUGCUUUACAGCCGCAGCGGCAGAUGUGCAUGUGGAGUUUGCACGUUCUCCUCGUGUCUGCGUGGGUUUCCUCCGGGUGCUCCAGUUUCCUCCCACAGUCCAAAGAUGUGCAGAUGUGUAGCCAUGGGAAAUUGUCCCAUAGUGUCCAGGGAUGUACAGGUUAGGGUGGAUUGGUCAAGAGAAAUUGUCCCAUAGUGUCCAGGGAUGUACAAGUUAGGGUGGAUUGGUCAUGCUAAAUUGUCCCGUAGUGUCCAAGGAUGUACUGGUUAGGUGGGUUAGCCAUGGGAAAUGCAGGGUUACAGGGAAAGGGUACAGGGAUGGUUCUAGGUUGGAUGGUCUUUGGAGGGUCAAUAUUAAAAUGUUGGGCUGACUGGUCUGUUUCCACACUGAGGGGAAACCUAUCAUCUCUGGCCCUGGAGAAGGUGGGAAUGUCUUUCAGUUCGGGUCAUCUGACUCCAAAUGGUCCCGAUAAAAAUAACAGGACAGUUACUACCAGUGUCUGAGAAAAGAAAAAUAAUGAUCACUCAACAUCACCAGUGGCAGGAAGAUGUCAUUGCAGCGUGACAUGUUUCCAUGGGAAAUUUCCAUGAGAAGUCAUACAGUGUGUGUAAUAAGGUCAGCCAGGUAAAGCUCCUGAGUCUGAGUUCCGUGAUUGGGGCUGUUCACCCAUUCCAAUCAAGGAGCCCUGGCUGACAGACAGAAACAGCAGUGUCAGAGGUUCUGCUCACUCUGAGAGCUGGUUCUGAGGGAACUGGAUCAGUGUCAAAAUCUCUCCACGUGUAAAUAAAGGGGGACCUGGUGACAGGA